AUGUCUGUUGCAGAUUUCGGACCAGAUUCCGGUGGUAGAGUAAAAGGUUGUACUAUUAUAAAACCUUUAGUUUACGGUAACAUAUCUAGAUAUUUUGGUAAGAAAAGAGAGGAAGAUGGUCAUACUCAUCAGUGGACAGUUUAUGUCAAGCCCUAUCAUAAUGAGGACAUGUCUGCUUAUGUUAAAAAAAUACAAUUUAAGCUUCACGAGAGUUACACUAACCAAACAAGGAUAGUUACAAAACCACCCUAUGAAGUUACGGAAACUGGCUGGGGCGAAUUUGAAAUAAUAAUAAAAAUUUUCUUUCAUUGCCCAAAUGAAAAACCUGUUACUAUUUAUCACAUACUAAAACUCUUUCAAACCGGAUCAGAAAUUGCAGUAUCGAAAAAACCAUUAGUUUCAGAAUUUUACGAGGAAAUAAUAUUUCAAGAGCCAACACAGUUAAUGAAACAUUUACUAAACAAUGUUAGACCGAUUUCAGUAAUGCCCUACAAACAUGAAACUGACUUUGAAGAAAAAAAGGAAAAAUCGUUACUCAAUAUCAAGACAGCUAAAAAUAAAAUAAGACAUGAAAUAAGUGACUUAAAAGACAGACUGAAAUUGGCUAAAGAAACUAUAACAAAAUUCAAAAACGAAAUAAGUAGGCUUCAAAAUGAUGAACAUGUUCCAUAA